AUGACUACACAGACAUUGUCAGUAGCUCAUCCCGCCCACGUCUCGAAUCGACGACUCGAUAUCUCCCCUGCAGGGCUCAAACUUUCCAGCGUAUUUCUGUACGUCUAUCAGGCGAAGAACAUAUCACUUCGGCACUGCCUCCAGAUUGCCCAGAUCCAGCAACAUCUUUCCAUCAAGAAGCACUAUCAGCCG